UGGCAAAUUGCGAGCCGCCUUCCCUCCUCAAAGUGUGGAGCAGGAGCGCGGAGGAGCUCGACGACCGCGGCGCCUCCUCCGCCACCAAACUCCUGGGGCUCCGCGGGGGCUUGGGGCCACCUCCUCCUGAGCCUGGAGGAGCCGUCUCCCGAUAGGUUCCAGCCAGACUCCCCCCACCCCACCCUUUUUCUUUCUUCUUCCUUAAAACACACACACACACACACACACACACACGCACACGCGCACGCACACACACACAUUUUUUUCCUGGCUUCGGAACUCAGACUGCUGCAGCCCGAACCUCUCCAGGGCUCAGCUCUUCGGAGCUUCCCAUUCCUCCGGCUGCGAGAAAGGACGCGCGCCCUGCGUAGGGCGAAGAAGAGAAGCAAAACUUGUCGGAAGGGUUUCGGCAUCAGCCUCUUUCCUGCAAACCUAAACCUCCUGCCGGGGCCAUCCCGAGACUGAGGAAAGUUCCUGCGGAGCCGACCAUCCCUAGUGGAUCUGGAGCUGGCAGCGGCGCAGGCUGUGGAAUACGAUCUGUUUUGAACCCAGUGGAGCGCAUCGAGGGGGCUCGGAAGUCACCGUCUGCGGGCACCCGGGUGGCUUGUUGUUCAGUAUCGGGUGAGGGCUGCGAGGGUGGCAAGUUGCAAAGAAAACCCGGGAGGUCCGGAGAGGGCUGCGCUCCUGCUGGCGCUCGCGUCUUCCCCUCCUCGGCUUCCUGCUGUAAAAUCCCAGCGAAAUUUACAAAGGCCUCUGGGUCCCGCCGAGACCGAUCCGCAGCGCUUGACCCGGUCGCCCCAAACGCUUCGGGAGCCCCAGAGCACCGGCGAAGGACUGGCGGGCGGGGUAGGGAGGUGGCGGCGGCGGCAUGGCGAGGUUCCCGAGGGCCGACCUGGCCGCCGCAGGAGUUGUGCUACUUUGCCACUUCUUCCUGGACCAGUUUCAGUUCGCCGAAGGGAAGCCCGGAGACCACAUCCAUGAUUGGCAGUAUGGAGUUGCUCAGGCCUUCCCUCACACAGAGGAGGAGGUGGAAGUCAAUUCACACACAUACAGCCACAGGUGGAAAAGAAGCUUGGACUUUCUCAAGGCGGUAGACACAAACCGAGCAAGCGUCGGCCAAGACUCUCCUGAGCCCAGAAGCUUCACAGACCUGCUGUUAGACGAUGGGCAGGACAAUAACACCCAGAUUGAGGAGGAUACAGACCACAAUUACUAUAUAUCUCGGAUAUAUGGUCCAUCUGAUUCUGCCAGCCGGGAUUUGUGGGUGAAUAUAGACCAAAUGGAAAAAGAUAAAGUGAAGAUUCAUGGAAUAUUGUCCAAUACUCAUCGGCAAGCUGCAAGAGUGAAUCUGUCCUUCGAUUUUCCAUUUUAUGGCCACUUCCUACGUGAAAUCACUGUGGCAACCGGGGGUUUCAUAUACACUGGAGAAGUUGUACAUCGAAUGCUAACAGCCACACAGUACAUAGCACCUUUAAUGGCAAAUUUCGAUCCCAGUGUAUCCAGAAAUUCAACUGUCAGAUAUUUUGAUAAUGGCACAGCACUUGUGGUCCAGUGGGACCACGUACAUCUCCAGGAUAAUUAUAACCUGGGAAGCUUCACGUUCCAGGCAACCCUGCUCAUGGAUGGACGCAUCAUCUUCGGAUACAAAGAAAUUCCCGUCUUGGUCACACAGAUAAGUUCAACCAAUCACCCAGUGAAAGUCGGACUGUCCGAUGCAUUUGUCGUCGUUCACAGGAUCCAACAAAUUCCCAAUGUUCGAAGAAGAACAAUUUAUGAAUACCACCGAGUAGAGCUACAAAUGUCAAAAAUUACCAACAUUUCAGCUGUGGAGAUGACCCCACUACCUACGUGUCUCCAGUUUAACAGAUGCGGCCCCUGUGUGUCUUCUCAGAUUGGCUUCAACUGCAGUUGGUGUAGUAAACUUCAAAGAUGUUCCAGUGGAUUUGAUCGUCAUCGGCAGGACUGGGUGGACAGUGGAUGCCCUGAAGAGUCAAAGGAGAAGAUGUGUGAGAAUACAGAACCAGCGGAAGCUUCUUCUCCAACCACCACAAUCGUACGAGCCACAACCACCCAGUUCAGGGUCUUAACCACCACCAGAAGAGCAGUGACUUCCCAGCUCCCUACCAGCCUCCCGACAGAAGAUGAUACCAAGAUAGCACUACAUCUAAAAGACAAUGGAGCUUCUACAGAUGACAGUGCAGCUGAGAAGAAAGGGGGAAGCCUCCACGCUGGCCUCAUUGUUGGAAUUCUCAUCCUGGUCCUCAUUAUAGCCACAGCCAUCCUUGUGACAGUCUAUAUGUAUCACCAUCCAACAUCAGCAGCCAGCAUCUUCUUUAUUGAGAGACGCCCAAGCCGAUGGCCUGCAAUGAAGUUUAGAAGAGGUUCUGGACAUCCUGCCUAUGCUGAAGUUGAACCAGUUGGAGAGAAAGAAGGUUUUAUUGUAUCAGAGCAGUGCUAAAAUUUCUAGGACAGAACAGCACCAGUACUGGUUUACAGGUGUUAAGACUAAUAUUUUGCCUAUACCUUUAAGACAAACAAACAAACAAACACACACACAAACAAGCUCUAAGCUGCUGUAGCCUGAAGAAGACAAGAUUUCUGGACAAGCCCAGCCCAGGAAGGGUAAACAAAAAACUAAAACUUAUACAAGAUACCAUUUACACUGAACAUAGAAUCCCUAAUGGAAUGUCAUCUAUAGUUCACUUGGAACAUCUCCUGUGGACUUAUCUGAAGUAUGACAAGAUUGUAAUGCUUUUGGCUUAGGUGCAGGGUUGCAAAAGGAUCAGGAAAAAAAUCAUAAUAAAGCUUUAGUUCAUGAGGGAUCGACACUUUUGAUUCAGAUGUUCUCUGAUGUCUCAAAGAUAACAGUUUUCCAAAGCCUGAACCUUUUCACUCGAAAGAGCAAUGAUGAAUGUUUGAAGAUUGCUAAGAAAAACAGCUCAUGCAGGAGUGAAAACAAACACAAAUAAGAGAUUUUCUGUAUUUUCAAAACAAAUCUGUGGCAAAAGGAUGUUGUUUUUCUAGAUCUUUCUGUAUCAACAAGUUCAUGACUUUACACGAUGAAUCCUUUUAUUGAUACAGGAGGUUCAGACUAUGUCUGUCUCUUCCUUGGUAAUGGGUGACCUUUCUAUGAGCUGUGACAAAAUUUCCAAGCUUUUAGCUAAGGAUUUUGGAAGAGGGAAUGGGAAACAGGGCUUUCUGUACUCCCGCCUCAGUAAAAACAUCUGAUUUAUGCUUUAUGGAAGCCUUGCCUCCAUUCCCCAACUGAGAAGUCCCAUGAAACCACAGUUGCUCUGGGCUGACGGAAACAAAAAGAAACAAUAUGAAGAGUUCCUUAAUCAUUUUUGAAACAAAAAUGUUAAGGGAUUUUAAACUUAUGGUUAUUUUUAAUUUUUUGCCGUUUCUGUACUAAAGACCCAUUUCAUUGCCGAUUCCUGUCUCAGAAGCCAUUCACGUCAGCAUGGCGAUAAAAAGAAUGAAAACCCCUGCUGAAUCAUCAGUAAUUUUCUUUAAAGCACAUAGUAGUUACAUAAAUAUAUAUAUAUAAAUAUAUUUUUGUUUAUAACUAACACAAGGCAGGAUCUUGUGACUCUAAGAGUGCAUUUUGCCAUCAAGACAAAACAGAUGCAAGAUGCAUUGCUGCAUUACUUCCAUAGAGUUGUAAAAUAAUCCUUAAUAUUAGAAUAUUUUUCUGUCACUUAGCAAAAGUGGUUCAGUCAUUGCCGCACCCAUUAUGUUCUUGACUAUUUGAUCCACUUUUUCAUUCAUGUCAACCCCUUCCCUCUCUGGCUAAAGUGGAUGCAGAAAGCCCCUUACAUGGAGCUAUCUAUUGCCCUGGAAUCACAAUCCUGACUUUGAAGAUUCCCAUGAAUGAAGAAAGGAAAGGCAUCCCUUGAGAUGGAAAGUGGGUAAUAUGUAUACUGAGCUCCUAAAGUCCAAAUUCAGGUACUGAGUGUACAGCUUCACCAACAUCCCAACCAGUGAAACGUUUACACUCUGUGCCAAGAAACUGUUGGCUUUUGAAGGUACAGUGUUCAACAUUUGCAGAUUCAGGUCUCAAGAAGCAGAGAUGUUUCAUAAACAGCGUUUUCCUAGCAGCUUAGCAUCUGUACACAUCUGUCUUGGACAUGAGUCCAUUCACAGAGUACCAUACUUUAUCAUCACGAGUGUCUGACCUGAACCAAUGCCAUUUUCUAUUCCAUAUAUAUUGCUUUAUGAUUUUAAGUAUUUGAUGAAAGUGGUAAUUUUUUCCUAACCAACUUAGUUAAUUAUUGCAAAAAGAACAUUGAAAAGUAAGGUGACGGAAGGAUUGUGAUGACAAUCUUUGCAGCAGCUAUGUUUGGUUUAGUUGAAGUAUCCCCGCUUAUUCUUGUGGAAUAGGUUUGGUCAGACAGCAAUAACCAAAUGACUUGCCAAUAUGACUGGUGCAACUGGUAUUCUACAAAUGCAUACAGAACACAAAGACGACUUCCUUUUAGGAUAAAAUGAUGCUGCUUCAACUGGCUUUUUUGGUAGCCAUGGCUUCCAAUAGCAACUGAUUGACAGUUAUAGAAAUCUUGCAGGCUUAUCCUUAGUUUGUGUCCAUUAAGUACUACUUAAUUCUUACAUGGUAAUGUUAUUCUUAUACGCUUCAGCGUUCAUCUUCUAUUUUGAUUGAAAACAAUUGAUAGUUCUGUAAAAAAGUACAAGCCCUGAAUUGUUCAGUGAACCAAAAGCACCAAAUAAUAGAUAAAACUUUCUGGAACUAGAGUGUGGGAAAACUUCUUAACAGAACUAACAGUUAAAGGUAGUGAGAAAUGUGUGGUAUAUGAAUUCUUUAGUGGUAAGGGGAAAUGUUGGCUAAAUACCUUUCUUUCAUGAAACUUUCAUUCUAUUUUAUAUUUCUGGUUUAUUCUUGUGCCCAUUUGAGAAAACAGAUACACAAUUUCUGAAAAUUCAAAAUGGCCAUCAAUGCUUUGGACUUUACAUAUGUUAUGUAUUAGAGAAGAUGCAGGUGUACAUUACUUAAUAUACGAUGAACAUAGCAGAGAGAAAAAUAAUAAUGAAAAACAUAAAAAUAGCAGAGACACAACUUCUGGAGAAAUCAGAUAAAUGGUGCUACAGAGGAACUUAGUUAUUUCAGUUUAAUUAUUUGUAAAAAAAAAUCAAUAAUCAGUGAUUAGGUAAAGAUACUGAAAGUCAAGAAAAAUAUCUUGACCUAUUUAUGUCUACUGUUCCAUUAGUGGAACACUAGUCUUGUGGGAGUUAUUUAUAUCCUGCUCAAGGUCAUCACCAAGGUCUGAUUACAAAAAUUGAAGAAAUUACCACCUCAGGCAUAAAUGGGUUAAGUCCAACAGAUGGCACUGACCAUAAAUGGUGGAUUGUAUGUGAAAGGUUUGGACUUCAAGAUAUACCAACACCUAGAAAACUAAGGGGAAAGUGCAAUUGAUCCCCAAUUACUAUUUUAGUUUGAAGUAUCAAGGGUAUUUGUUAAUCUUUCACAUGUAGCUUCUAGAAUUGUGCUGUCCAACAUGUCCACUAGCCAGUGUGGCUUUUGAAAUUAAAAUUAAAUUUAAAACAUAAUCCUUCAGUCACACCAGUCACAUUUCAAGAGCUCAAUAGCCACACCUGGAUUGUGGCUAACAUAUUGAAUAAGAAGAAACACUUACAUGGUUGAAGAAAAAUUUAAUGAACAAUUCUGGAGAGGUGUUACCUUCGAAUUCCUUAUCCUUGAAGAAAAGAGAAGAGGAGGAAAGAAAAAAGAUUUGGCAGCUCUUGGGCAUAUCCAAGCAUUUUUUGAUCUUAGAGAGGCCCCAUCGAGUAAUGAAAAAACUAUAGCUGACACAGCUUUGAGUCCCCACUGUGUUAUCUUGGGAAAAUCACUUCAACCUCCAUGAGUCUCAAUUUGCAAUUCUGGAAAAGAAAAACAUUUUUUUCCUGUCUUUCUUGCAAGAUUAUUAUGCAACCUGAUUAAAUGUACAGAAGUACCAAUUCUUAAAAACCUUAUGUCAAUGUAACCCACAUAAAGUACAUCUACUAGUCCAGUACCAGCACACAUUUGCACUCAAAGGAAGAAUAGUUCAUCAGUCUAAAACGCAUUCAAAGACAAUCAGUCCAUCACCUAUCUUGAGAAAGUGCCAAAACAAAAUGCAUUCAAAACACAAAGCAAAAUUGCUUCAGUUUCUUUUCUGCCCAUCUGAAUUCCUGCUCUAGUAUUUGUCCCACAUGACAUCCAUCCCAUCUCUUUCUCCAGUCCUAUGCCAGCAUUGCCUGUGAAUAUCCUUCAACUGCCUCAGUUCUUUAUUGCAUAGACUCACUUAGCUUCUCUAGUUUCUUAUGAUUUCCCAUUUUACACCUAACAGCAAAGGGAGGCUUCUAUUUAGAAGGCAAUGUCUCAAACAUAAGUAAUUUCAUAUUUAUUUUAUCACUAUAACAUUAAUGUAAGAAGCUAUGGCAUUAAAAUAUAAAAAUAUUUGGAACAAUGUAAACCUUUGCACAUGCAGACUAUAUAAAAGGAAUGAACUUAUUUUAAAUUAUGCUAAUAUCCAGAUACAUAUUCUAAGGUUAGUCUUAUUUAUCAGUUUUUGGCAGUAAAUUCUGAUGUUACAUCUUCAUGAAUGAGUAUAAAUUUGAUCAUGUCCCUAGUGUCUGUUGCCCACUUGAGAAAAGGUUUUGCUAGAAUCCACGGACUGGUUCAAGAUGCUCUCAUUCCAUGAUAGAAAAUUAAUAUUUAAAUAAGACUAAUAGAAAACUAUAUUCUCUGGUCAUAAUUUCUUCCUCCUGUGAAAUGUUCUUUUAGUUUGUAUUUGUUUAGGUAUUUUCCAGGUGUUUUUUUACAAUGUGUUACACUAAAUUCCAUAGGGUUACUCCUGCUUUUACUUUACCACCUCCAACCCCACAUUUGCCGUCAGCAUCAUAUGCCAUAAUCACAGGAGAUGCAGCCUAGACAACAUAGUGAAAUUCCAUCUCUAUUGAAUAUAUACAUUUAUAUAUAUAUACACAUUUAUAUAUAUAUAUAAAUGUAUCCCCUCUAUCGAAUAUAUAUAAAUGUAUGUAUAUUCAAUGGAGAAGAUAUGAAUUAUGUCAUAUAUUUUAUUAUAUAUAUAUGUAAAUUAGACAGGCAUGGUUGCCCAUGCCUGUAGUCCCAGCUACUCUGGAGGCUGAAGCAGAAGGAUUGAUUGAGCCCAGGAGUUAGAGGCUCUUGUAAAUUACGAUUGUGCCACUGCACUCCAGCCUGAGCAACAGAGCAAAACUCAUCUCUAAAUAAAAAAAGAAUCGUGAGACAUCAUGUAAUCAAACCUCUUAAUGUUACAGAUAAGUAAACUGAGGCCCAAAGAGGUACAGUAAUAGUCUCAGUGUCAAUAAACUGGGUCUUGAACUUAAAUGUUUGUUUCAAUUCUCAUUGCCUACAUCUCUUAAAUGUCAGCACUUAAGGCCACCCAAGCAGCUUAGAUAGCACAGUCCACUCAAUGCUAACUGUAUUUGGUUUAUUGACUAUCUGCUCUGUCCUGUAACAGAAUAUUAGCUCCAUCUUUCUCUAUCUUGUUGCUGACUUCAGAAGGCCACUAUUGUUAUAACAUCGAGAUUUCAAACCCUAGCCAUUGUGGGGUCUCUGUUGGGAUUUGAAUUUCUCUUUUCUCCACCCCUGCCCCCAUCUGUGGCUAUCUAAGUUAACAAUACAAUUUAUUUUGGCCAUGUAAAAUUUUUCUGCCUUUGUUUUAUUUCUUCCCAAAUGUAUCUGAAAAUGAAUGAUCUGUACAGCUGAUUUUCUGACCAGAUAUAUAAAUGCAAUUUUUAUUUGCUCUUCAAACUAUUACAACAUGUUUGUCCUUAGAAGAGUUUUUGGGCAGGUAGUGCAAGGUCUGUGGUGUUAGCUUUUAUAUGCUCCUAUUACCUUAUGUUUGUGAAGCAUGUUAUAUUUUACAGGGCACUUUGAUUCAUCUCCGUAUUUCUUCAUUUAUUUAACUGCUCAAUUCACUGAAAUUUUGUUGAACACCUACUGGAACCAUACAAGUAGUGAGAGUCCAGGCAUGUAACUGAUCAUUAUAAUACAUUAAAAUCCUCAAACCAUGCUUUGCAAGUAGGUAGGAUCAAUAAUACUCUAUCAAUUUUCAACUCCAAUUUUCUAUUCUACUUAGAAAGGGAACUAGAAAGUGUUUGCCUGAAGAAUGUGUCUGAAACCUAAUACAUCACUGCAUGUCUGUGUUGUUUGUUCUGUUGGAAAGGAUCUGUUAAUUUUAUUUAUGAGAAGAAAAGUUACUCAGAAUUCUCCCUGACCUAGGAAGGCUUUCUAGUUCACUGCAGUCUUACUGACCAGAUGCAACAGUUGAAGUUUGAUUUCUUGAACCAAUAUUUCUAUGGGCUUUUGAAUUAUUAAUAUCACUGUUUUGAGGUAUUCAGAAACACCAGUGUAUCAAAAAGGCAUUUGCACUUUAUGUGUGUGUGGUGGUUAUGUCCUUUAUUAGACCAUCCCAGAUAUAAGACAAUCAGGGAAAUCAGAAAACUCCAGCCUCAAAUGUGUCUAUAAUUUCCUGUUCUACCACUGUCAUAUAAUAACAUGAUAUUACUUCCUAAGGUUUUGAUUAAGUUGAUCUUCUAGCCUCAACUUAAAUUUUAAUACAUCUGCCUAAUUAUUGCCUGGAAUAACUUUUCAGCCAUCUAAUGCCCAUUGCUCUCACAAUAAUUAUUAUAGAGAAGUAAGAUGGUAAUUAUUCAAGUAAAAUCACAUAAUUUCUGGAAUCAGUUUUUCAUAACAAGUGUAUAGAAUACAUCAUUAUUGGCUUCUCCAUAAUAUGUUUAUUAUGAAUGACCAAAUUAUACCUAGAGGAGCAAAAUGCUCAAACUUGUUAUUAUAGGUUAAUUUCCAGCUCACUGUUGACACUGAAAGAUUCUGUGUUACUUUAAAUCCAGGAUAAAAGGCUGGAAAAAAAUUAAAUGCACGUCAUAAACUGGUACUCAUCUUUUUCUAGUUUCUAAGGCUUAUUAACAUUUGCAGAUUAAUAAAUGUCUUUCAUAAUGGAAUAACAUAAAAAUUUUUGACUUUGAAGAUGAUGAUAUUUUAUUUAUUUUCAUUCUGUUUGAAAAACACUCAAUGACUUCUCUUCAUUCCACCAGAAUUUUGACCUUUAACAUCAGUCUCUCUUUUUCCCAACAUUACAAAUAUAUGUAUAUAUAUAAAAUUCAUGACCAAAGUAUCGCUUACUGACCAUGCAGCUGUAAACCUUCUGUGCCUAUCGAACAAAUACAUAGCAUGAAACUCAUUUUAGAAGUUUCAUGGGGGAAUUUUAGGGGGAAGUAUGAACCUAAGAGUGGGUGAAUGGAGAUGAUUCAUGGAAAAAAAUAAAGAUUGAAAUGUGCUAUUAAGUAAAGUUAUUCUCAGCAAUCUGCAAAUAAAUAUUCAUUGAUAAGCAGCUCAAAUUUUGGUCACUCAGACAUGCAGACACUGGGGCACAUAUUCUGCAAGUGAUGCUGAGACCCAUGACAUAGAGAAAGUGAAGAUACGCCCAGCGAGUCUCAAGUGCAGCCAUCACCCCUCCGUACCUCUGCUGUGGCAUUCAUCCAAACAUCAUGGAGGCCUUUGCCCUAAAUAAUUAUGUGACUUGCCCUAGAGAAUUAGUGAAUGACCAAAAAGAGACUUUCCAUUUAUCUUCCUUCUACUUAAAAGGCAUGAAAAUGAGACAAUAAAUAAAUAAAUAAAAUACUUUUCUGGAAGAAAGGAUAAGAGAUGGCCCUUUUCUUUCUGGGCCCAGAGCUGCAUUUCUCUGAGGUUUGACCAUCUCAGGGCUCAGACAGACUCAAGUGCUAUUUUCUGGACAUUUGUGGUGAAGCCUCAGCCACCAUGUUCAAGGUCAUUUGAAUGAAAACAUACUCAGAUUGUCAGAUUUAUAGUAGGGAAAUAACUCUAAUUAAGCAUCCUGCAGCUGGCUCCUAUGAAAAUAACAUUAAGCAACAACAUCAGAGCUUCACUGGCAAAGUAAGGUUAAAAUCAUUUUAGGGAAAUCAGUGAAGUCUCUUUAGAAACAGACAUCUUGUGUAUGCUGUAGCCCGGUCUUGGGGCCCUCACAGAGAAGAGGGGGAGGUUUUUUCAUUGGUUGGUGAAAACAAAUCUCUCAUUUGCCUGAUUUGAGGCAUUUGAACAGUGCCUGGAGAGUACAUUAUUUUCAGGGGAAAAAAGGAGAGAGCCUUUUUUACAUGCCAGCUGGGAUCAUGGGAACUUCAAAUGCCAGGAAUUUACUACUGUUUCUGGUAAUUCUGUUUGUCGCUAUUUGAAAUGUUGAAGUGUGAAAAGAGAAGAAGUUGGGCACUUUGAAGGGGCUUUCUAUAUUGUAUGCCAGUUGCACCAGCAUGCAGAAUAUUUGUAAUGCAUUCAGAGUGGAUAUAAUUGCACCCUUUGUCAGAAUCACAACAGUCUCUGAGGUGCUGCUACAAGAGAACACUGAGGAAAAUCUGACCCUAUGAACCCAGUCAACCCCAAACAAAAGGAAUGACUGUGUGUGUGAGUGUAGCACAUGGCCAGUUCAUUUCUCACUGUUUUGGAAAGUUGUGUAUGCCAAAUCAAGGACGUGUCUUUCAGGUGAAGGUGAAUUUUCCAAAGCUUAUUAAAAUAGAACUUGGAAAACCAAGCAUUUUGAAUUGAUUCCAGUCCUCUGGGCAUCAUUCCUACUUCUUCUGCCAUGUCAAGGAGAAAUUCCAAGCCUGCAUUCUGCCAUGCUAAAAUAGCAAGCCCGUACAUCCCGAUGACCUUCUGUUGAACAUACCUGAGCCUGCAAAUGUUAAAAUGAUUGUAUCUAAAUUUGCACUAAUGGUGUCUGAGAGCAAAGAGAGUGUGACCUCUAUUGGAAACCUUUGUUCAAAUUCAAUAAUUCAGAGAUGCUACAUACUACUGCAAGCUUCCUGAUUAUGUUCACUGUAAUAUUAAUGAUCUAAGUUUGAAUGUGUUUUAUAGUUCAUUAAUUUGACAUCCAUCUUUUACCUGGGGAUUAUUACGAUUGCAAUAAUUCAUUCAUGUUUUCUUCACACAGCUUCUUAAACCAAGUUUUUCUGCAAGUCUUUCAGUUCUGCUUACAGUGUGUGGGAAAUCUGAUUUUUUCCCUCUAGUAAUAAUUUGAUAAGAAAUCCAGUGUAUUGACUGCCUCAGUGACACAAUUCAUCUUUAAAGGUGUGGAAGCUGGUAGGGACCAAAUGUUACUUGUGUUUUCGCUGUUGACUGCUAUUUUCAGAAGUAAACCAUGUUUUUCACUUACAAUAGGAGUCAACAAAUUUGGGGUUUUAGAAGUGGGAGAAGGGAGCUAUUUGUGUAAUACUGCUGUCAUAUUUGACUACAUAUUAAAAACAAUAAAUGAGCAUUUUGUUUUAAUUUCUUAAAUACCUUGUCUUUCAACAUAUUUUUUUUGUUUCCUUUCUUCCAUUAGCGUUCAAAAUGUUUUACCUAUUGUGGAAGAAAUUCUGUGUGCAGAAUUCAGAGGCACAAGGCUGAUGGCAUAAUAGAAAAUUCUUUUGCUUUAUACCCACCCCAGUGUGGGAACUGAUACUAGGUAGAGUGAGCUGUAGAAAACAAAGAUUUCAGGAUGCCAUAGCAUGUGGGCAUGGGGUGGAGACUUCUUCCCCCACCCCAACCGCCGUGCCAAACUAUUCCAGUCUCCUGGAUCAGACAGAUGGGAUUUUAGCUGCUGCUUUAAAUCCUAGUGCUGAAAUGAGUCAAGGUGCUUCAGCUCAGCUCUUGCCUCUGUCACUAAUCUUGCUUUAUGAACUCCUUUGAUUAUCAAAAUAUGUUCCAGAAGGUCCUCUAUUAUUCCAUCCUUCUUCCAAACUAGAAAUGAUUGUAUCUGAUUCUCAGGAUAUUUUGGAUGUGUGCCUCAGGUAAUUGAUGUGGAAUGUGUAAAGUGAGAUGUCUCCAAUUCUGAAUAUUCCCUCCCUGUUUCCUAAUCCUCCACUCUUGACUACCUUUGUAACAGCACCAGGUAACACACAGACCUGAACCCACACCCAAGAAGCACACACACAAUGACUGGAGCUGUGGGGAAUUCCAGUCAGUGGCAUUCCCUGAGCAAUGGCUCUGUACAAUUCAAUUAUAAUUUUUUAAAAAUCUUACCUCUGUAUAGAUCUUUUGGACUGUAUUGAUUAAACUUUGAUAUUGUGUAGUAAAUUCAGAAGUGCAAUUUUAAA